UGUUCGUGCGGGACGCCCGAGUGUGCGGUGCGGUGGGCUGGCGGUUCCGAGAUGGCCGAGGCGUCGCAGAAGCCCGUGACGUACUACACCCUAGAGGAGAUCCAGAAGCACAACCACAGCAAGAGCACCUGGCUCAUCCUGCACCACAAAGUCUACGACCUGACCAAGUUCCUGGAGGAGCAUCCCGGUGGAGAAGAAGUCUUAAGGGAACAAGCUGGCGGGGAUGCUACUGAGAAUUUCGAGGAUGUUGGGCACUCUACCGAUGCUAGAGAAAUGUCCAAAGAAUAUAUCAUUGGGGAGCUGCAUCCAGAUGACAGAUCAAAGCUAGAGAAGCCAUCGGAGAGUCUCAUCACGACUGUCGACUCCGAAUCCAGUUGGUGGACCAACUGGGUGAUUCCCGCCAUCUCCGCCCUGAUGGUGGCCCUGAUGUACCGCUAUUACACAGCAGAAGACUAGCGACGCCCUGGACGCCCACCAAGGGACAGGCUGAGAAGCCGGCACAACGGUCUCGGGGACCACAGACAUGUGAUGUUUCUGUCUCCCUCCCUCUCCUGCAUUAGACAAAAAAAAAAAACCAAGCAAAGCAAAAGGCGCCGUCCUGCCCCUUCUUCUCCUGAACUUCCCUUCAGAGAGUGCCUUCCACUCGCCACUGUCCGUUUGAUGUGUCUCACGACAAAACUCAGUCUUAGGAUCCUCGGAUGGUCCCCAAAGUGUGUGUGUGUCCCCCCUGCCUGUCACCUUGCCUUGUCCUGUUUCCCGAGUGGUGUCAGGCCCAGAGGGGUGAGUGUAAAGGUUCCAGGCAUCGUUUUCCCUGGGAAAGAGGGCCUACAGGAGGGAAACGUCCUGUCUCCGACGGGCCCCAGUGACCUGAGCACCUGGGAGGGCGUUGAGGAAGUCCUAACUGCCGCCUCCCGGGUCCCAAUGCCGUCUUCAGAGCCCUACGCGGUCCGAGUCCCCCCUUCCUCCCGCGAGGGAACAGCACCUCCCUGAUGGGUGAAGGGGCGACAGUUCCCUGGGAGCCUGAUCUUGAAAGACUCGCCUCUGCUAGUGGGUGGGCCACCCCGGGAGUCCCCUGGGUGCGCCCACCUCUCCCGGGGACAGCUGGAUGUGGUCACUUCUCGGCCGCAUUCUGCUCUUCUUGGACAUGGGGAUCCUCGAGGGGGUGGGGUAGGUUACUUAGCCUCUCAUUGCCCACUGCACACCAACCGUGUCUGCCUGAGAGCCCCCCUGGGGUUGGGUCUGUAUUUUUACAGAGGGUGGAUUUUUAUCAGCAGCAGCAAGCACCCCCUUCCUCUGCCAUCUUUGUCACCGAACCUACUCCCUCGGAUGUAAUCAAGGGGCGAGAGGGUGGGCGUGGGCACAUAGGGGAGAUGACCUUGGAGGAGACCCCUUUACUCGCCUUUUAAUAAACCUGUACCUGAA